AUGAUGUUGGAAAUAACAUUUAACAAAUUACAAUUAACAGAAUAAAAGGUGAAAAGUAGGUCAUAGAAUUUUUAACACUUUUAGUCCUCCUCACAUCAAUUCAAUUGAAAACACUUUCAUUUAAUGUGGGUCGAAUUAAUCUUAUUGAUUUAGAUGAGGUUUAACGUCUAAAACUAAAUUUUGAAAAUAUUAAAAUCCAGAAUACAGUAUUGGUGGGAGUUAAUUUUGUUAGAUGUAAUUUAAAUGGAUCUUAAUUUGAAAAUGUAGAUAUAAGUGGGAUUAAUUUAAAUGGAGCUUUGCUAUUUAAUUGUAAACAUAAGAACGCCAAAAUAGAGGAAAUGAUUAAACUAGAGGGUCAUAAAUAUGUUGUUUAAUCGCUAAGCUUCUUUCCAGAUGGAACUACAUUAGCAUCUGGUAGUAGAGAUUAUUUAGAUACAUAUAAUAUUAUGGUUAACCCAGACUUCAAUUUUUCAAAGUUUAAGAGAGUUGUUUAUAAAAAACCGUUUCCUUUUAGGAGAAUUAUUGGAGUAGCACUUGAUUAAUUUAAAAACUAACCUAUAUUAGCCCUUAAUUUAAAUUUAUUUUAAUAUACUUCUUGUGUCCAAUAUUUGUUGAUAGAGUUCUAUUUUUUAGUUUUUUCUUUUUUAACAAUCUUGAAGCAUUAAUAAAAUAAAAUGAAAUAAAAAUUUUAGGUUGCAUGA